UCACAAACGUAAAUAGACCACAAAACAGGGGCGAGUGGGGAACGGUAACAAACACUUUAAGAGAGACCAGAUAAAUUGGACAUAUAAGUAAAGUGGACAUUGUUUCAUAAUUUAUGUGGUCAAAAUAAUACAGCAUUUCCCGAACAGAAUCGCCUAACCUUGUUCUUUACCUCACACUGUGCACUCAGGUCGCCGAUGAGGGUACAUUAGUGAGGCUCCGACCAAUUGGAGAUGUUGAAUAACAUAGUUAGGUUGACUUAUCGCAAUCGGCUAGUUGGACCGCCAUCUUGGAUCAAGAAAAAGGGGUUUUAAACCCGAUAAGGGAAAACAUCGUUUUUAUUUUUAUGAAUUGGAAAUACUAACAUUUGCCUAUGGGGAAAAUAAUUACAGUAGUCAUGAAAAAGCUGCUGAAUUAGCCGGCGUAAUAGAUUGUCAAGAUAAACCUCUACGUUGACGAAGAAACAACAUUGUAGGGAUUUUUCCUACUUUUAAGUUUUGUUUAUGUUGUUCGAUUCAAACAUGGAUUCUACAGAUCCAGAUAUGUCAGAUGUGCCCUCGCUGACGUUGGGUGCAGCCACUGGGUCCGGCAGUGGAGCUGUGGUCCAGAAAGGCAACAACAAGAGGCGCGCGGUGCCCGAUUUUGAUGACGAUGAUGGAAGCAAACUCUUCAGGUGCGAUGAUGACACAGGAGGAUCCAAUGACAAAGAACGGUUUGCCAGGGAGAACCACAGCGAGAUCGAGCGGCGGCGGCGGAACAAGAUGACGGCGUACAUCACGGAGCUGUCGGACAUGGUGCCCACCUGCAGCGCCCUGGCCCGCAAGCCCGACAAGCUGACCAUCCUGCGCAUGGCCGUGUCGCACAUGAAGACGCUUCGCGGGAGCGGCGGCAGCGGCCCCGACGGCGGCUACAAGCCGUCUUUCCUCACCGACCAGGAGCUCAAGCACCUGGUCCUGGAGGCGGCGGACGGCUUCCUGUUUGUGGUGUCGUGCGAGUCGGGCCGGGUGGUGUACGUGUCGGACUCGGUGACGCCGGUGCUGAACCAGCCGCAGUCCGAGUGGCUGGGCAGCUCGCUGUACGACCAGCUGCACCCCGAGGACACGGACAAGCUGAGGGAGCAGCUGUCCACCACGGAGAGCAGCACCAGCGGUCGCAUGCUGGACCUGAAGACGGGCACGGUGAAGAAGGAGGGCCAGCAGUCUGCAGUCCGGAUGUGCAUGGGCUCCCGCAGGUCCUUCAUCUGUCGAAUGAGGGUUGGCAUGAGUUCCGUGGAGCCGGUGUCCAUGAACCGGCUCAGUUUCCUGAGGAGCAGGAACAGGAAUGGUUUGGGUCCAGCGAAAGACGGGGAGCCGCAGUAUGUGGUGGUGCACUGUACAGGCUACAUCAAGUCCUGGCCGCCUGCAGGCGUGUCUCUCUCAGAAGAGGAAACGGACACCACCCAGGGAAGCCGCUUCUGUCUGGUGGCCAUCGGGAGGCUACAGGUGACCUGCUGUCCCAGUGACAAUGACAUUAACAACAUCAGCGUUCCCGUGGAGUUCAUCUCCCGCCACAACUGCCAGGGCGUCUUCACCUUCGUGGACCACCGCUGCCUGGCCACCGUGGGCUACCAGCCUCAGGAGCUGCUGGGGAAGGAUAUUCUGGAACUGGCUCAUCCUGAGGAUCAGGGCCUCCUGAGGGACAGUUUCCAGCAGGUGCUGAAGCUAAAGGGGCAGGUUCUGUCCGUGAUGUUCCGUUUCCAGUCCAAGUCCCGGGAGUGGAUCUGGAUGCGCACCAGCUCCUUCACCUUCCAGAACCCUUUCUCUGAGGAGAUCGAGUACAUCAUCUGCACCAACGCUAACGUCAAUAGGGCCUCGGCUCAGGACCCCCUCACCCCCCUCUCCUCCCCAGGCAUGGCACUGCCCCCCUCGCUGGGGCAGAACAGCCCCAGCUGCCCCCAGGUGCUGAGCCCGGGGCAGGUAUCGGCCAGGCAGCUGCAGCAGCAGCAGGCAGAGCUGGAGGCAGGGGGCAGUAGAGAGGCCAUGUAUGAGUCGAGCCAGGUGACGCUACCACAGGUUCCGGUCCAAGCUGUGACCGCAGCGGGACCAGACCACAGUAAGCCCCUGGAGAGAGACCCGCGCUUCUCUGACCUGUUCGCAGAGCCAUCAAAGGCACUUCCUUCCAGUUCUGCCUCAGGACCUCAGCAGAUUUACCCCCAGGGAAACUCCUACACCGCCGCCCGGCCAAACGACUCUUUCAGGCCGGUCGGAAUGGCCCAACAGAUGGUGCAGCCCUCGCCGUCGGCCGGACAAAUGCUGGCCCACAUGUCCCGCCAAAAUGCCCCCAACCCCACCUGCCCCUCUGGGGAACCCAGUAAUAACAGCCCCAUUCAGGUCCAGGCAGGAGCGUCAGGGGGGGCGGGGGGUUGGGCCGGAGCCAGACCCCCCUUCAACACUCAGCAGGUGGCAGCACAGACAGGGAAGAUCCAGGCUGCCCAGUUUCCUCUCGGGGGGUUCGCGUCUGGCCCCUCCUCCUCAUCCUCCUCCUCGUUUAACACGAUGACGAGCGCCGCCGCUCCGGCCCCGUCGAACGCUACGACCUACCCGCCCGUCAACUCCCGCGGCAACCCCGCUGCCAACGGCUACGCAGAUGGGAAUCAGUCGGUGACGCAGUACCCCUCCAGAACAGCGGAGGCAGUGUGGCAGGCACAGUGGCAGAACCAGUCCCAUGCACAGGGCGCAGCAGAGGCACACCAGCAGUCACAGUCUAACCAGGCUGAAAUCUUCCCGGAUGUGCUCUCCAUGCUCGACCAGUCACCCAGUUUCAACAACGACGACUUCCCGGAGCUCUUCACUCCUUUCAAUGAGUGAACAGGGUUGAAUUUUAACCGUUUGCCUCUUUAUUACCCCUCCCCACCCCCCCACCCCUUUCUCUCACCAUCAGAGCUGUUCUGUCUCUUUUAUCAUUUUUGAAAUCAAAUCUGAAGUUGCACUGCCCGCCAGGUACAGGAGGACACAGGGAAGGCAUAAUCAAACGCUGACAGAGAGGCUCACUAGAGGGACAAGAGACACAAUCAGGUGGAGGGAGGAGACGCAGCGAUAAUCAGUGGAGGCGAGAGCGGCAAUUCGUAGGGCACAGCCAGGUUAAUGAAUUUGCGCUGAAAGUGCAGGGAAUGGCCGCCCUGCUGGCACUGCCCAGGUCUCAGCGGCGAGGCUGCCUGCACGGAAACGCAGCGCUGAUCUGAGACGCAGAUGCUAAUGCUAACGCACAACGCAGUGCUUCCACUGCCGUCCCGCUGAUGCAGGCAGGCUUCACACGGGCAGUUUUUAGGAAGAUUUUGAUAGAAAUUCUCCUUCAGGUUUUUCCUCUUUCUAAUUCAAAGCAUUACUUUUUAAAGUGUAAAGAGGGUAGAUCUAUAAGAAAGCAUAUAUAAGAGUUCGUCCCUUUUCUUAAAAAAAAAAAAAAGUUAAAA